AUGGCUACCGCUAAUUCCAACUCCAACGCCCUCUUGACCUUCUUCUCCCAGAUGGACGACCAGGGCGGUGUCAUUGUCAGAGAUGUCCCCAAGCUCGAUCUAGAUCUGUACAUCCAGAACUACACAGGUCGUACCCGCUUUGAACGACUGUUCCUCAUCGGCCGGACUUGUGUACCGCUCUGCGUUGAUGCCCUGAAAGCUGCAGUAGCCGAGGCCAAGCAGGGUCAGGACGUUCAGAGAUAUCGUGAUGUCUGGGAGUGCAUUCGCAUCGCUGCUCCCUCUGAACCAGAGGCCACCUUCGACCAAGAAUGGGUCGACAACACUGAGAGGGCCAACAAGGCCAAAACUCACAAUCUUGAAAGCGAGGUGAAGGGUUAUAAGAUGAACCUCAUCAAGGAGAGCAUUCGGAUGGGAAAUGAGGAUUUAGGCCGUCAUUUUGAGAGCAUUGGUGACCUCAACAAUGCCGGCGAGGCCUACAGCCGCAUGCGGCCCGAUGUAAGCACGUCAAAACACAUUAUCGACGUUGGCAAGCACCUCGUCAAUGUGACACUUCAGCGGCGCGAGUGGCCCAUGGUCAUUGCCAACUUGAGCAAAAUCACAGGAGUUCAAAACGGCGACGAAGAAAAAGGGCUUCAACCCUACGUUAAAAUAGUGCAGGGAAUCGCCCUUAUGGGCCUCGAAAAGUUCGAGGACGCUGCCAAAAGCUUCCUAUUGACGGAUGCCGGCAAGGAAGGGGUGGAUUACAGCAACAUCGCGAGCCCCAAUGAUGUGGCAGUGUACGGUGGCCUCCUGGCUCUUGCGACCAUGGAUCGUAAAGAUCUCCAGGCUCGCGUCCUUGACAAUCAGAACUUCAGGACGUUCUUGGAACUGGAGCCUCAUAUCCGCAAGGCCAUUUCGCUCUUCGUCAACGGCAGGUAUUCGGCAUGUCUCGCGAUUCUCGAGGCUUACCGGGCCGAUUAUCUCCUCGAUAUUUACCUUCAGAAGCAUGUCCCUGCGAUCUACUCCCAAAUCCGGAGCAAGUGCAUUGUGCAAUAUUUCAUCCCAUUUUCCUGUGUCACUCUCAGCAGCUUGGAGGAAGCGUUUGCAGUGCCUGGCCAUUCGCUCAUCGAUGAACUCUUCACUAUGAUUAAGGGGGGGGUUUUGCAGGCCAGAAUUAACACUAUUGACAAGACACUAGUCGCCGUGUCUCCGAACCCCCGAGCCAACCUGCAGAGAUUGGUUCUUGACACGAUUGAUGCCUACGAGCAAGACGCUCUCGAGCGGAUCAGACGUAUGAGUAUCAUCGCCGCAGAUAUGGACGUCAAAAACCCCCGAAAGGGACCUGCUCAUGGUGGUGUGGCCGGCAUCGAAGAGCUCUGGUAUGAGCAGGCCAACCGUCCAAUGGCGGCCGGCGGCGAGCUGAGCUAA